GAUUCGAGUAUUUCGUGGAAGAAACUGAAUUGGUUUGAUAGCUAGGGUUAUUUGAGUGAAUGGACGAGCGUGAGAGUGAAGAAAUAGUGCCAGGAGGAUUAAGACUGCUGAACUCGAACCUCGUUGGGUCUCUCUUCACCCAAAUAGACACAGGCAUUUCAUAUCCGGUGGACUUCGUGCCCACCGAUUAUUUUAACAGGUGCACGGCUAGGGUGUUUGCGACAUUAAGACACGAGGAAAAUUCGCAAUCUUCGGUUAGAAUAACUAACGAGGUAGCCAUUAACUCGUCAAACAAUACCCUUAGUUUCUCUCGAAAACUAGACGAGAUUUUAGAAAUGUCAGAGCAGGACGAGCUGAAUAUGCCACCUAGUGACGCUGCCGCGGGUAGUUCGAAGUCCGCAGGUGGAGGACCUAGGUCGUCUGAAGUCAAUACUGAGCAGCUGAGCCGAAUGAUGGCUAUGAUGGCGCAAAACAGUGAUAUGUUAGCUCAAUGUAUGACUGAGGUCCACCACAUGCGAGGCAACAUGUCGAACAUAAACGAACGUUUAGCUGGUGUGGAAGCUUCGACACACGCACAACCAACCAGGGCAGGCAUGGCGUCAACACCAGAAAAUCGAAGCGAGAGGCCAAUAGACGUAGAACGGAGCCGAGAUGAGGGCAGAGCUAGUGGACAAAGCAGUUCGAAUGCGCUUAAUGAGUCCAGAAAUCUUAAGAAAAUUGACCUAGAUAAGUGGCAUGUCAAGUUUGACGGAUCUGCCAAGGGAAUUACAGUCGAAAGUUUCAUUUUUCGAAUCGAAAAGUUGCGUGAACAAUACGGUAUUUCGCACUACCAAUUGUUCACUUGUUUUCAUUGUCUGGUUACCGGUAAUGCCUUGAAGUGGUAUUGGCAGAUUCUUGAAGACAAUGCUGAUGACCCGAGCUUCGGCUAUUUUGAACUUAAGUCUGAACUGCUAAACCACUUCAAGACAGCUGAAUCAGACUAUGAGAUAAUUAGGGAAAUCAUGGAAAGGAAGCAACAGGUUCAGGAGUCUUUCGAGGAUUUCUACGGAGAUGUUCACAGUCUGACAUUCCGCCUUAGAAAAAAAAUACCAGAGAAGGAGUUGGUAGGCAUUAUUAGGGGAAACCUUAAGCCGUACCUCGCGAAUCUAACUUUUGCCUCAAAAAUGGAGACGCUAGCGGAUCUCAAAAGCGAGUGUAAGAGGGCUGAAAAGGUGAUGCGCGAUAACAAGAAUAGACCAAAACAGGUUAAUGAGAUAGAUUUUACGGAGCCUCCAUGUUUAGAGAAGACAGAAGAUAGGAGAGUAGAAGAAAUAGGUAGAAUGCAACGUAAAAAGCCACAGCAGUAUGUGAGUGUUCAACCUAAUGUGUCCCCGUCUAGUCGUCCUAAUGUAUCUUCGUCCUCCGUAGGUUCAUUUUGUCCGUCCCCUUUCCACCUCAUGUUAUGUUUUACCUGUGGUAUGCCCGUUGACCAUUUUUCCAAAAAUCCCACCGAAGCCCAAAAAGAUAGUAAGUGUAAUUCGUCCUUUCAUAAUAUGAUUUGUUUUUCUUGUGGAGGUGAUACGUCUUAUUGUGUGUUUAAACCAGUGCAGGGAAACUUAAAACUGGCCGAGAUAUCCGGGGACUCACGCCAGAUGGAGGAGAACCCGGAAAACAAGUAGUCAGGGUCCUUAGUAGAAACACAAUUACCAGUGAAAAGCAUGAUAAAGAACAGGAAAAAAGCGAAGAAGAUAGGAGCAUUAUUAGGAAGAGUCUACACCAAAGGAAGAUCGAAUACGACGAGGCACGCAGGCGUAUUUUUUGUGAGGGAAUUAUAGGGAAGAAGAGAAAUAGGAACUUUGCUAAAAUCCAGAAGAUGAGGGCUAAGAAAAAGAAUCUCAAGAGGAUACAUAAUAAGAUUAUUUCCACUAUUGUUACCA